AUGAGGUUUCUUUGCCGCCGGUUACUCAACUCCGUCGAUGCAAUUGCCGGAGUAAACAGCCGGCGAUACGCCACCAAGUACGUGGCCAAAGUCACUUCAUCAUCUCCCUCCGGUCGCACUCUCUCCGCCGAAGUUUCAUUUCCUACUCCUCUCCCCACCGACGUACGUGGCUACACUCUUCCUCGCCGCCAUCUCAUCUGCCGAGCCACUAACCUCCUUCUCCGCCACCGCGGAGGCGCCGCCGGAACUUCUUCUAACCUCUCCGAUGCCUUUUCCGACCUCUCCGACUACCUCUCUUCACUCUCACUCUCCCUCACUCCCGACGAAGCUUCCGAGAUUCUCAAAUCCCUAAAUUGUCCACGCCUCGCCGUCGAAUUCUUCCAAUUCGUUCCCUCCGUUUGCCCCACCGCUCACAGCGACCCUUUCCUCUACAACCGCAUCAUCUCAAUCCUCUCCAAUUCAAAUCUCCCGGACAGAUUCGACCUCGUCCUCUCGAUCCUCGACCUGAUGGCGAAAUCAAACGUCCGCGGCAACAUCUCCGCCGUCAACAUCUUAAUCGGUUUCUUCGGAAACACAGACGAUCUACAAUUGUGCUUGAGACUGGUGAAGAAAUGGGAAUUGAAGAUGAACUCCUACACCUACAAGUGUCUCCUCCAAGCCUACUUACGAUCUCGCGACUCCUCAAAAGCAUUCGAUCUCUACUGCGAGAUCAAAAGAGGAGGAAAGCAUAACCUCGACAUCUUCGCCUCCAAUAUGUUGCUUGAUGCUUUAGCUAAAGAUGAAAAGAUUGAUCAGGCUUUGCAAGUGUUCGAAGAUAUCAAGAAAAGGCAUCGUAGAGGAGAUGAGUAUACGUACACGAUCAUGAUGAGGACGAUGGGGAGGAUCGGGAGAUACAACGAAGCCAUUGCUCUGUUCAACGAGAUGAUAACGGAAGGGCUUACUCAUAAUAACGUGGUUGCUUACAACACACUGAUUGAAGUUCUUGCAAAAGGUAAAAUGGUUGAUAAGGCUAUUCAGGUUUUUGCUAGGAUGGUGGAGAAGUGUUGUGGACCUAACGAGUUUACGUAUGAGCUGGUUCUGAAGCUUUUAGUAGCUGAAGGUGAGCUUGUGAGGUUAGAUGGGAUUGUAGAGAUGUCGAAGAAGUAUAUGACUCAAGGGAUAUACUCUCAUUUGGUUAGAACGUUAAGCAAGUUAGGGCAUUUGAGUGAGGCUCACAGGCUGUUUUGCGAUAUGUGGAGCUUCCCUGUGAGAGGAGAGAGAGAUAGUUACAUGGCGAUGCUGGAGAGUUUGUGCGGUGCGGGGAAAACCGUUGAAGCGAUGGAGAUGUUGAGCAAGAUCCAUGAGAAAGGUGUUGUUACUGAUGCUACAAUGUACAACGCCGUGUUCAAGGCGCUUGGGAAUCUAAAGCAAGUCUCUCAUAUCCAUGAUCUGUUCGAGAAGAUGAAGAAGGAUGGUCCUGAACCUGAUGUGUUCACUUACAAUAUACUGAUAUCGAGUUUUGGUAGGGCAGGAGAAGUUGAUGAGGCUGUGAAGGUCUUUGAGGAGCUUGAGAGCAACAGUGGGUUUAAACCGGACGUUGUUUCGUACAACUCUUUGAUUAACUCUUUGGGGAAGAACGGUGAUGUUGAUGAAGCUCAUGUGAGGUUUAAGGAGAUGCAAGAGAGAGGGUUUAACCCUGACGUGUACACGUACAGCACUCUGAUUGAGUGUUUUGGGAAAACAGAGAGGAUCGAGAUGGCGUAUCGGUUGUUGGAGGAGAUGGUUGCUAAAGGGUGUCAGCCGAACCUUGUGACGUACAACACGUUUCUUGAUUGUCUAGAGAAGAGUGGAAGAACAGCGGAAGCGGUUGAUCUGUAUGCGAAGAUGAAACAGCAAGGGCUCACGCCGGAUUCGAUUACUUACACUACGCUCGAACGUUUGCAGUCUGGCUCUCAUGGGAAAUCGAGAAUCCGGAGGAAGAAUCCGAUAACCGGUUGGGUUGUGAGUCCUUUGUAA